AUGUACAUCACCCCACUCAUAGGAGUGGAAGAUCGGUGGGGCAUGCUGGUCAUCGAGAACGCCCCUGAGGACGCUCAGGAAUAUAGCUGGCACCGGGGUGAAGACGACACUGGGGCAAAUAUGAUUAUCAGCUACAACAGUAUCUCUCAUUCUGAAAAAUAUGGGCCCAUGUACAGUGGGCGGGAAAGGGUGUCCAGUACAGGUACCCUGCAGAUCAGGAGGUUGCAAUUAAAUGACAUGGGAAACUACACCAUGCGGCUGGACACCAUCAACGGGACCCAGAGAGCAACGGGCUGGCUCAAGAUUCGAGAGUUGGAAAUCCCGCAAAUCCUGGUCAACACUAGCUCCAUGGUAGAGAACGUGGAUUCUGUGGCUGCCACCUGCUACACCAAUGACAGCCACAUCAAGUGGUAUGUGAAUUAUGUACAGGUGUCCAGCAAUAACCGGAUGACCAUCUCGCCGGACCACAAGACCCUCAUCAUCCAAAGUUUUGGUCGCUUCGACUCACCAAUUCAGUAUGGGCCCUACAGUGUCCUGCUCAAGAGCUAUUCCAUGGACUUCAGCAACGUCCUGUCUGUUGAGAUUGGCUUCAAGGUGGAGAUGGUGUGUAUCGCCUAUUCCAUACCAGAAUCCAAGUACCGCUGGCUCCACAACGGCUCUCUCCUGAGCUUCUCAGAGAAAAACAUUACCCUCCCAAGUCUGACCUGGGACCAGAUGGGUAGAUACAGAUGUGUCGUGGAGAACCCUGUCACCCACCUGAUACUGUACGAGGAAGUCGAGGUCCAGGUGCCUUGGCACCCGACUGUUGUGCGCAGAAGUUUCACCAUCUCAGGAUCCUCGGUGGUUUUACUCCUCGUAGUAACAAUUGCAGGUGGUGUCCAGUUCUGUGUAGUCCUGACGGUCUCCCUGAUCCGAUGUCACUCCACCAGGUACCUGUCGCUCUGGGCCCCGGGAGUAGAUGUGAAAAACGGCAGUGUCACGGAGAGGAUGGUGAUGGUGGUUACAACAAUGAUGGUGGAGGGAAUCGUAAGAACAGUGGUGACGAUGGUGGUGACGGUGUCCUGGUGUGGUGAUGCUGGGCUAAUCAGCCUCUAUGACCGUCCACCUCAUACCUGGGGGACGAGACCAGAUGGGCAAAGAGAUGAGGGGAGAGUGAAAGUCCCCAUAGGGACGCGCUAG